AUGUUGAUACUCCUUUUCGUUCUUUCUUUCUUUCUUUCUUUCUUUCUUUCUUGCUUGCUUGUUUUCUUAUAUGGAUCCCUCUUUCUUUACUCGUUUUUUUCCUUCUUACUUUCUUUCUUUAUUAACUACUUUUUUUCUUGUUCUUUCUUCCUUUAUUUGUUUAUCGCUUCUUUCUUUCUUUCUUGCUUGAAUCCUUUCUUUGUUCUUUCUAGCUGUAUCGGUUUGUCUGCUCUUUGUAUAUUUAUCCCUUCUUUCUUUCUUAAUUGCUCUUGUUUCUUUCUUUUUUCUUUCUUGUUUAUUUGUUUGCUUGUCACUUCUUUCUUUUUUUGUUUCUUUCUUUCUUUCUUUCUUGCUUGGUUGCUUGCUUGGUUUCUUUCAUUUUUUCUUUGUCGCUUCUUUCUUUCUUUCUUUCUUUCUUUUUUCUUGCUUGCUAGCUUGCUUUCUUUCCUUUUUUCUUUCUUGAUUUAUCUGUUAGUCGUUUUUCUUUUCUUUCUUUCUUUCUUUCUUUUUUCUUUAUCUUUCUUUCUUUUAGGCUUCCUUUUUUUUCUUUAUUGGAUUCUUUCAUUCUCUCUUUCUUUUUUUUUCCUUCUUUUUUCUUUCUUUCUUGCUUGCUUAAUUUCUUCGUUUUCUGCUUAUUUUUUUUUUCUUUCUAGCCCGGUUUCAUCCUUUUUUAAAAACUUUUCAAUGAUUGUUUGCAUACGAGGUUCUUUCUUUCUUUCUUUUUCGUUCUUUCUUUUUUCUUUCUUUCUUUUUACAAGAUAUUGA